AUGCCGGAUGAUGGGAGCAGCUGGAUGACAGAGCUGGUCAAUACAGCAGGAGGAGCAGGUUUGGAGAUUGUCAUGGACACCAUGAUUAGAAUCUUCCGCUACUCCUGCAAGGAGGGGAACAGGUUCAAGAUCAACAAGGGGGAGCUGAAAAUGCUCCUGCAGCGACACCUCACAGAAUUCUUCUCGUGUCAAAAGGAUCCUGAGUUGGUUGAUAAGAUAAUGUAGGACCUGGAUGCCAGUAAGGACAACAAAGUGGAUUUUAAUGAAUUCGUGGUCACUGUGGCAGCUCUGACCAUUGCUUGUAAUGAUUACUUUGUAGAACAAUUGAAGAAGAAAGGAAAGACAAGUAGUAAUUUAAUCUAA